GCUUGCCUUAAGCUCCAGUGCCUGCCCGCACCUGAUGAUCGCUCUUGCUGCAGCCUCUCCCCUCUUCUGCCCCAGAUUGUCCUAGGCGUCAUUGCGGCUGCACGCUCCACACGUCUCACCACCACUGACUAACGCCCAUCGUGCAAUUGCAUCCUUCACGACUUGCCCCUCGUGCCUUGCCUCCCCUCCAUCUGCGCACUUUCGCUGCGUUCCAGGCCUCGCAGCUUAACGCCGCCCAUCCCUGCACCUCGCGAAUCCGACGUCAAAGAGCUGCGCUCGACCCCUCACCACCCACCUCCCAAUGUCCCUCCCUCCAGACUACUCAAAUGAGAUAGCCGCCCUCGACCGCGAGAUCCUCAAGCACAAGCCCAACGACAUCCUGCAGUUCUGUGCGAGCUUCUUCAACCGCCGCCUCGAGUCGCAGCGCGCCGAGUUCCUACUGUCGCAGCAGCAUUCCAGCCAGCAAGGCCGUGCCGAGCACAGCUUCCCCGGCAACAAUCCUUUCGGCACGUCUCCCAGCUCCGGUAGCUUCGCGAAGAGCCCAAUGCAGCGCCUCGAGGAAGAAGAGGAGGGCGACAUGAUGGCCUCCCCCACCGCGUCCUCGUUCGCACAGGCCGAGUCGAACAUGGUCCGUGGCGGCGACCAGGGCGAGAGCCCCUUUGGCAACUUUGGCAACUUCGGCGGCUUUGGAGGGUCCUCCAGAAACCAGGUCACGCAGAUGCCACCAAUUGCAGGCAGCAGCGCGCCCAGCAACUACAACGCCAACCGACGCGUGUCCGUGUCCGCCGAAUCGCUCAACCCCACAUCAGCAGACAACGACAACUUCACGGCCCCCUUCCACCCCAAGACAGAGGAGCAGGUGUCACGUCUGAGGUCGGCUGUCUCUGGCAACUUCCUCUUCUCGCACCUCGACGAUGAGCAGUCCGCACAGGUACUGGGCGCGUUGCACGAGAAGCCAAUACCGACCAAGGGCAUCAAGGUCAUUACACAGGGCGAUGUUGGCGACUACUUCUACGUCGUGGAGAAGGGGUCUUUCGAUAUCCAUGUCAACAAGUCUGGCAAGCUGGAGGCUGGCGUCGACGGACUGGGUGCGAAGGUAGGCUCUGUUGGCCCUGGUGGGUCCUUCGGCGAGCUCGCGCUCAUGUACAACGCCCCCCGUGCUGCUACUGUCAUCUCUGCCGAGCCAUCGACACUGUGGGCGCUCGACCGCGUUACCUUCCGUCGCAUCCUUAUGGACAGUGCUUUCCAGCGACGACGCAUGUACGAAGGGUUCCUCGAGGAAGUUCCACUCCUCUCCACACUCAAUCAGUAUGAGCGUUCCAAGAUUGCGGAUGCGCUUGAGACGAAGAAGUACCCGCCUGGCACGGAGAUCAUCAGAGAGGGCGACAUUGGCGAGUCAUUUUACAUCCUCGAAUCUGGUCAAGCGCAGGUCUAUAUUCGCGGCAACAACGCGCCCGUUAAGACAUACCAAAAGGGCGACUACUUCGGUGAGCUCGCUCUGCUAAACGACGCGCCUCGUGCCGCAUCUGUGAUCAGCGAGACUGAGGUCAAGGUUGCAAUGCUCGGCAAGAAUGGUUUCCAGCGACUACUCGGUCCUGUUGAAGGCAUCAUGAGGCGGAACGACCCCAGCAAGCACGAGGUAGACGACGUCGAUCCCCUCUCAAGGACUCCAGCUUAGUAUGAUGCACGAGAUGACCUUGGACCAUGAGUGGAGGAGUGCAGAUCUCAGUAGCGAAGGAGCGUGUUGGUCGCUCCUGCUUCUCGGCGUUUUUCGCAUGUAUUCCUACUCUUCCUACUGUCACUAAACGAUGGUUGCCCGUGGCGAAAUAGUGGCGCCUUGCUUCUGAGCAGAGAAUGGGCUUAGUGAGCUGAUUUGUUACCUAUAAUCCAACUACACACGAAUGAAAUAAACAAAUAACAAUGCUCGC